AUGGAUUCAACGAUGGAUAAGCCAGACUACGAGAAUCUCGAGGUGAUACAGAGGAAUAGGCUUGCUCCUAGAGCCUACUGGUUGCCUCCUACACAUCUCCUGCUCAAUGGAACAUGGGAUUUCCAAUAUGCCCCAACGCCCUUGGAAGCUUCGGAAUAUCCCCCAAAGGACGGAAGCCCUGAAGAGACUUGGUCCGCGAUCGAUGUCCCAGGCCAUUGGCAGUUGCAAGGACAUGGCCACCCGCACUACACCAAUGUACAAUUUCCGUUUCCGUCAAACCCUCCUUACAUUCCCACUGAGAACCCCACGGGGACCUAUCGGCGACAAUUCAAAGUUCCCACUGGAUGGGACAGCACAUCUCAACUUAGACUACGUUUUGAUGGCGUUGACAGCGCGUAUCACGUCUGGCUGAAUGGCUCCUUUGUUGGAUACUCGCAAGGUAGCCGCAAUGCUGCCGAAUUCGACAUCACAGCCAUCGCCAAGAAGGACAGUGACAACGAAUUGGUAGUCAGAGUCUAUCAAUGGUGCGAGGCAUCAUACAUCGAGGACCAAGACCAGUGGUGGCUAUCAGGUAUCUUCCGCGAUGUGACUUUACUGGCACUCCCUGGACAAUCGAGGAUUGAAGACUUCUUUGUCAAGACAAACCUCGAUGAGAGCUACGAGAAUGCUGUCCUCCAAGUCGAUGUCACCUUGAACAAACCGAAAACGUCGUCUCUUGAUCUUUUGCUCAUUCUUCGAGAUUCCGGUGUCGAAGUGAGCUCAACACGCAAGGCAGUUGAUAUCAACACAGCCAAGUUUAAAAUACCCGUUUCAAAGCCGAAGAAGUGGACUGCUGAAAACCCUUACCUUUACCAGCUCGAGAUAUCUCUACAGACAGAAGGAGGAGAGUCAAUUCAGACUAUUGCACAGAAUGUUGGCUUCCGAAAGGUCGAACUGAAAGAUGGUCUCAUCACUGUAAACGGCUCACCCAUCCUUCUUCGGGGCACGAACAGACAUGACCACCAUCCAAUCCAUGGAAGGGCUGUCCCAUAUGAGUUCCUCAAACAAGAUCUGUUGCUCAUGAAGCAGCAUAACAUCAACGCCCUCCGAACAAGUCAUUAUCCUGGACAACCCUGGCUGUACGACUUGGCCGACGAGCUGGGAUUCUGGGUCAUGGACGAAGCUGACCUAGAGUGUCAUGGAUUCUAUGAUGUUGUCACCCAGCACGUCACGCCUGCUCCAUAUCUGGAUUAUGAGGGCAGCAAGGAGGAGUUCUUCCCCAAAGCAGCACAGUUUACCUCUGAUAAUCCCGAAUGGCGCGAGUCAUACCUCGACAGAAUGGUACAGAUGGUGCAGAGGGAUAAGAACCAUCCUUGCAUCUUCUCGUGGUCUCUCGGCAAUGAGUCCUUCUACGGUGUGAACCACGUUGCGAUGAUCGAGUAUGCACGAAGUAUUGAUGAUCGACUUAUUCACUACGAAGGUGACAUCAAAGCACAAAAGACUGAUAUGUACUCUUACAUGUAUCCUGACCAAGAUCGUCUCAAGAGACAUGUCGAAAUCGACGGCAUCAAGGAUGGGCAGUGGGAGAAGCCCGUGAUCCUCUGCGAAUAUGCUCACGCCAUGGGUAAUGGCCCGGGUGGCCUGGAUGAUUACCAAGACGCGUUCCGCAAGUAUAAACGUCUUCAGGGUGGGUUCAUCUGGGAAUGGGCCAACCACGGCCUCUUGCACAAGGACGGCUACUAUGCUUAUGGAGGCGACUUUGGUGACCAGCCGAACGACUCAACAUUUGUCAUGGAUGGGCUAUGUAACAGCGAGCAUAAACCAACGCCGGGCUUGGUUGAGCUAAAGAGAGUGUUCCAGCCCAUCAACUUUAAGUUCGAGGAUGGCAAAUUGUUGAUCACUAAUGAGUAUGAUUUUAUCGGCCUGGACCAUUUGGAGGCAAAGUUUGCCAUAAAGGCAUUUGGAGACGAGCUAUCCUUGCUUGAGUCAGGUGUUCUCGAAGUUCCGAACGUCCGACCGUGGGAUACAGUAGACCUUGCUCUACCCGUCGAUCUAACUAAGUAUUUGGAUCAUGACAAAGAAGUGUUCCUAAGCAUCUCUUUCAGUCUCAAAGAGUCUACCUCGUGGGCACCAGCUUCGCAUGAAGUUGCGUGGUUUCAGCAUAAGAUCUCCGCCGAAAGACAACCCAGUAUUCCCGUCAGUCUAUCAGCUUCCUCCGGAAAUGUCAAGGUUGUCGAAAACCGAACCAAGGUUGAAGUGGCUGGCGCGGACUGGGAUAUUCACUUCGAUCGCGUGCGAGGAUACGUCACCAAAUGGUCUCACGGAUCCGAUUUGCUGGAAGUUGAUCCAGUUACUCGUGCGGCAAUUUAUCCAUGCUUCUGGCGUGCACCAACAGAUAACGACAAGGAUAGUGCGGUCAGCGUAUGGAAGGACUAUGGUGUUCACCGAAUGACUUCUCAGCUGAGAUCAUUCAAGGUCGAGACAGACAAGGACGGUUCAGGUGUCAGGAUCGAGACCAAGACCUACUUUGCGCCACCAGUUUUGGGAUGGGGUUACGACAUUAACACCGUCUACCACAUAUCAUCCAAGGGUAUCUUAUCGAUGAACCUUGACCUGAACCCUACGGGAGUCUUCCCAGUCGACGUACCAAGAGUUGGCUUGAACAUCAGACUGCCCAAGCAUCUCAGUCAAGCCUCGUGGUUCGGUCGAGGUCCAGGCGAGUCUUAUCCCGAUAAGAAGCACUCACAAGCUAUUGGGAUUUGGUCUUCCCCAGUGGAUGAUCUCGAGGUUCCAUACGAUGUCCCUCAAGGAAAUGGAAACAGAAUGGAUACGCGCUGGCUGCGGCUUGUGGAUGCCGACGGGCACGGGAUUAGAGCUUCGAGGGUCGAUACCGCAACCUUUAACUGGACUGGUGGUCGUUUGUCAGAUCAAACUAUCGAGAACGCAAAGCAUCCUUGUGAUCUGGUUCGCGAAGAUGCCACGCUUCUUAAUCUGAGUCCCAGGGUCGCUGGUGUUGGUAGCGCUACGUGUGGACCUGGUGUGCGAGAUGAUUUAUUGGUCAAGGUUAAGCCUGAGUCAUACGGGUUUGUACUUGAGAGUAUCUGA